GAGUUUAGAAUUUGGUCAACGAAAAAAACUGUUGCUACGUGAGAUUUAUAUGAUCGAUUAGAAGUUGCACACGGUUUAAGUAGUAACAAGUUACUGAUAUAUGUAGGACACGUGACAUCCCGGGCAACUUUUAGAAAAAAACACUUUAUUUUGGAGUUGGCUAUGCAUAUUCAUGUCAUGAGGCCAGCAUCUCUCCAUUGUUUACAGGUGGUUAAUUAACGUCAACAACCCUCAUCGAAUAUUUACAAUACAGAAGUUACCACCAAACCAAAGAAAGAUAGGCGGGUGCUAGAGACAGGCCGCCGUGCCGUUUUGUGAACAACGACUCCCUAGGGCGGAGAGACAGUUUAUAACCUUUGGUGAAAUUGACCAGGUACUAUAGCGGCCGCCGAAAUUAAUGGAAGACAGUUUGGAAGAGGCAAGAUCAGGUGGGACCAUUCCAGCCAAUGAGAGGGCAGAUACGCAGGACCACGACGGUUUCCACUAGUUACCACAGCCACAAAGUGGAAAAAUACUUAAAUUUCACGAAAACAAAAAUGAAUUCAUCCUCGUGGCAAUAUUGGGAAAAAAACUAAAACAAUAACUUACAAACAUUAUUUUUCUUCGCUGAUUGUAAUAAUUUUGGAAAGGAAUGAAUGGAUGGCAUAUGACCCACUGAAAGAAUAAACCAAGGACAAGGUUGUUAUGGGUGUAAGAUGGCACAGUUAACAUUCAAACAAAGGUUCCCGCCCACCAGCCUAAAGCAAGGGAGAGAGAAAGGGAAGGGGGAGAAUGGUGCAGAUCGCUUAGCAACGUGGACGCUUGGUCCUCAACCGGAUACGAGCACAGGACUUCAGUCGAAAAGCUGAAGGAUUUUACAACAUCUAGCUAAAACAGUAUCUCAAAACUUGAGCGAUGGAGAGAAUAUGUCUUGACAAGACUGCAUCUAAGUCAGUGGACGACUAUCUGGAGUACAGGAGGAUCGUGGGUGAAGACGAUGGCGGCAGACUAUUCUCCCCAGAGGAAUAUGAAGAGUACAAGAGAGCAGUGUUUCCACAGAGACUACACAACAGGCUGUAUGUGAGCUUUGGAGUGCCAGGGGGAAUAGACUGUAAACUCAUCGGCCCAGAGACACCUUGCUUCUGCACACACAGGUACAAACAGCAUCAGACAGACUUUGAGGAGGUUCCUUCGGAGCGCCCGAUAGCACUACCAUGCCGAGUUCAAGGGUGUCGGUGUUUGGCCUUUCAGUACGUGCACCUGAACGGGUCGCAGCCUGUACGUUGCAGGUGCAAACACUCUGCCUACGACCACAGUGAGACCUCAGAACACCUCUGUGGGAAAUGCUCAUCCUGCUCUGGGUUCCGGAGCCCCUACAGCUGUGGGUGUGGCCAGCCUAGCUUCGCCCACCAGACGCUGGUGGAGACGAAGGCAGAACGGGAGGCCCGGGGUUGUCCGGUGGGCAGAGACGUUCCAUACGCAGCCAUGGGGGGUCUGACAGGGUUCAGCUCCCUGGCUGACGGGUACCUGAGACUGGACAAUAGCGGGGCAGGUGCCCCUCACUUGUCUGUUCUGUCGUCUCAACAACCAAGAGCUUUCCAGGAGCAUGUGUUUGAGAAAGCCUCAGGACCAGCCGCAGCCUCCAGACAUACAGAGGAGAGUUCAGUGACGUCCGUGACCAGGGCUCUGUCUGACCUCAGCACCAGAGAGGAAGAAGACAUGGCGUACCUGGAGAGACGCUACCAGGACAGGCAACUGUCUGCUGAAUCAACAUUCUGAUGACUUCAAUUACUUUAUUUGCUGUUGUUUUGGACAUCAUAGUUACCAAGGACCCUCUUCCUUUACUUCCCAUCUGCUUCUUGCUCUACUCAAUGCUCCACCAACAUGCUCUUGUAGGCAGACAUCAUAUUAGCUUAGAAACAAUAUAAGCUCAAGAAACUUGCCAUGAUUGACAGCCAUGUUUUCCAUGUUAUAUGCAGCUUUGUGUCUGUGUCCUCUGUAGCUAAGCCCACAUUUACCAAUACCUUUAACUACAUCAAUCACACGUUCCAUGACCUGCCUCCUCUUUCUGACCUGGUCAUGUUAACUGACAUUUGCUUAUCACUCAGAAGGGUACAGAUGUCUGCUUUGUUGGCUCUGAGGACAAAGGCUUCUGCACUUUCUCUAUAGGUCUUGCUUCUCUCAUGUUCCUGUACUCUCUGAUGAGCAUGUUUCCAGGCCUGCAUGCCUCCUUUGACAAAUGCACUAUCACUGGCUGAAGGAUUUGCAAAUGCAAGACAUACUGAGCAGAACAAGGAGGGAGUUACUUCAUUGUAUGUCAGCCAUUUUCUGUUUGUGCCAUCUUUGGAGUGGAAAACAUUGGGAAUUACUCUUUGAGGGGUUUGUUUUGGGUGGUACUGAAAAAAUAAGUCAAAAUCCUUGAACUGAGGAAGGGAAAAAUAAAUGGAUUUUCAGUGCUUUCGCUGUCCCUUUCUGUUUUCCCUGUACUGGGCUCUGAACCUCUCUCUAUCUAAACAUCUGGUUGCUCUGCAGAAUGAGAUUAACAUUGUAAAUAACCUAAACUUAAACUUGUAUUACUUGUGCAGUCAUUGAUUGUAUGUCCCUGAAUACAGUCCUACUAAUAAUCUUAUAAAUAAAGCACAU